UAAAUCAUCUGACUUGAAUCACCAUGAAGAAGUCUCUUCUAGGGUAGGCACCAAGAUACACAGGCCAUGGGGAGAGACACCCUUCCCCCAGCCCACACUGAAAGAGAUGCCUAAGGCAAGAGGGAGGCAUUGCCUUUCUGAGCAAGGUUCAGUCGUCCACAGGACAGGAACAUCUGGUGCCAUUGGGAGUGCAGCAAAGAACCCAGGCAAAAAUAUCCAGAGAUCCAAGAGUCUCACCUGGAGCUAACAACAUGAAGGUGUGGCUGACCAAAGAAAACAGCUGUCUCUUGAAAACACAAGGAUGCUAAAAAUUCCUUUAGUGAAAAUACAUAAAGGUGACAAAAAUUAGAUUAAAUUAUUUCAGCUUAUGCUUUUUUGGAUCUCCCAAAUCACCUUUUACAUGAGGCAAAACCUGUGCUCUCAGUAGUGACACCAGAGCCUUCUCCAGAAGCCAGCCAGAACAUUGCAACAGGAGCAGCUCUUCUUGCCAAGCACUGCAGGGAGACCUACAAACCCAAACUCUUCUGGUGGGCAAAGCUUCAAGAGAAAAUGUCUGCAUAAUACUAAAUAUAAUAAAAACUUUGAUUUGAACAGGGAGUUGGCUUGACUGAAGAUAAGAUAUUAUGCUUCAGAAUUAGGAUUACAACAGAUUUUAAAUUAUUGCUUUGGUGUUUCUUUCAAAAUAGAAACAAUUUUUCAGGGAAAUCUCAUAGCAAAGGAAAAGAGCAAUUUUGUCCUUAAAAUGUUUUUUGCAUUGUAUACAUGAAGAACUUAGUAAAACUAAGGAACUUAUUCUUCUGUAUCUAACUUUUCUCUAUAUUCGUCAUCUAUCUAUCUAUCUAUCUAUCUAUCUAUCUAUCUAUCUAUCUAUCUAUCUAUCUAUCUAUCUAUCUAUCUAUCUAUCUAUCUAUCUAUCCAUCUGUCUAUCAUCUAUCUAUCUAUCUAUUUAUCUACCUUUUCUGUGUCUAUCAACAUUAAAUAAUUAAUAGUCAAAAACUACCCAGGCGUAAAGACAAAAGUAUCUGUGUAAUUUUGAUAUUCAUUCACUGUGCAAUCACACUACACAGGCUCUGAUUGAAGGAUUUAAAUAUGUUUGGUUUGCAUCAAAUUAUCCCUCUCUGUCCUUUGAAACCCAUGCAGGAGAUCAGCCACUUGCAAUUAUGACUAACUUGGGGCAGGAGUAAAACUUUAGACCAAGGACAUCAUCUGAAAAAUGUAAAUGUUUGGAGACCAACAGCCCCAUGUUUCAGCUGUCAGGAUCAAGGACACAAUCCAAAUACCUGGGCUGGACACCACAGACUAGUUUAUACCCUCUCAUUUCAAGAGGAACUGUCAGUUCAUUUUGAUGCAAAUGGCUUAGAUGCCUCAGGCCUCGGCACUCCAUGUUCUCGAUUUUUUUGGCUUGCAGAGCAAAGUAAACCAGUGACAGGUUGGUCCUUGCAGACCGCAGAGUGCCAUGGCCUCUGCUCUACUGCCCCAGUCCCAGUCCUGUGCCUCUGCUCCCAGGUGAACUCUUCUGUGCAAACAAACUUUAAAAAUCCCAAAAGGAAUUUUAAAAACCCUGAACCUUUCCAGACUCUCAGAAUGCUUUAUUUAGUUUCCUACAGAGCACCAACUCUUUGGGCUUGUCUCUUUCCAGAGGAGUGACAGCCACCCUUCAGAAAUGCCCUUCCCUGUAGGACCUCUCCCACCUGGAAGCACCCCUUUUCUCCUGAGCCCAGAGAGCCAUCUAAAGCCCAUCAGCAAUAAUGUAGCACAUUUCACCCAGAAAGGAAGAGCAAAGGCAUGGUCUUAGGCACAGAGGCCACUGCCUUGUCCAUCUUUAUUUCUUCAGCUGCAAAGCUGAGUAGCUCACCACAGUGCUUACAGUUACAAAGCUCUAAGUGCUCACUACAGUGCAGAUCAUUUCUACAAUACAUAGAAAACUUCACAGGUACACAGCACCCCUCACCUCCUCUGUUCUUAUCAACAACCCAUGUCAGAGUCCGUUCCAUCAAAGUCAACUAAUAAGGUGUAAGAGUUCAGAGUGUUGCAGAGUCACGGAAUGGUUUGAGUCAGAAGGGACUUUACAAUCAUCUAGUUCCAACCCCAACCCCCUGGCAUGGGCAGGGACACCUUCCGCCAGACUGGGUUGCUCAGAGCCCUGUCCAACAAAGCCUUGAGCACUUCCAGGGAUGAGGCACCCACAACUCUGGGUAACCUGUGCCAGUGCCUCACCACCGUCACAGUAAAGAAUUUCUUUGUGAAAUCUAAACCUACCCUCUUUCAGUUUAAAGUCAUUACUCCUGUUCUGUCACUACAUGCCCUUGUAAAAAGUCACUCUUCAGCUUUCCUAUAUUCCCUUCAGGUACUGGAAAGGACUUGUAUCCCCCAAACUCAGAACCAUUGGAGAUACACCAGAAUAUCUUGGCUGCUAUUCCAGGAGGGCAAGGUGUCUCCAACAGGGACUGUAACCUCCGCUUGGCCAAGUGGACAUCUCAGAGGUUUUAUAGCAUCUCAGGUGACACCAGCCACCUCCAUAUGAGCAUUCAAAUCAAGCUCUGAAACAUCUACUGGGUACAGUGACACUGCUCUUAGAAGCAACCCUGAGUUCAUCAGUCUGAGACCUGUCCUCACUCUGUCCUGCCUCACAAGACUAGAAACAGCUACUGGAAUUUGGGCUUCUUGGAAAAGCAGAAAGGAUCAGCAGAACAGGAACCCAACAGAGAUGGCCAUGGUUGGAGGCAGGAAUAUACAUGUUUUCAUUGGAUUGUUUACUGCAACAGCCACCUGGGUUGGAGGAGCAUAUAUCAACAGCACAGCUGAAAUUGUCUACCUGCCUUCAAAAGGAUUACUGUGGGUCCAGGCACCUGUGGGAUUUGCCUUGUCCCUUGUUAUUGGUGGUUUCUUCUUUGUAAAUCCAAUGAGAUCAAAAAAUUAUGUGACUGUGAUGGACCCCCUUCAAGAAACUUAUGGGAACAUGAUGGGAACCUUACUUUUCAUUCCACCACUGCUAGGAGAGGUGUUCUGGUUUGCAGCCAUCCUGGCAUCCCUGGGAGCAACAAUGAGGGUCAUCUUGGAUAUUGGCGGCUCUUUGGCUAUCACCAUCUCGGCCUGUACUGUUAUACUUUACACUCUGCUGGGAGGCCUCUACUCUGUUGCCUACACUGAUGUCAUCCAGAUGGUUUUCAUUACCCUCAGCCUGUGGAUCUGUAUCCCCUUUGCCCUGGUGAAUUCUGCAACGGAAAGUAUUUAUUACACUGCAACCCAUCAAUCUUACCAAGACCCUUGGAUUGGGAAGAUAGAAAAACAGUAUCUUGGAAGGUGGCUGGAUGACUUCUUCUACUUGGUGCUUGGGAGCAUCCCGUGGCAGACUUACUUCCAAAGGGUGCUCUCUGCUGCCUCGACAGGACAGGCGAGGCUCAUCUCCUACCUCUCUGGACUCGGGUGCUUUGCUAUGGCCAUCCCCUCCGUGCUCAUCGGGGCAGUUGCAGCAUCAACAGACUGGAAUCAGACAAGCUAUGGUCUUCCUAGUCCAUUUGAGAGAGGGGAGUCAACAAUGAUCCUCCCACUUGUUUUACAACAUCUCUGCCCAGCAUAUAUCUCCAUUACUGGUUUGGGAGCCAUCGCUGCUGCUGCAAUGUCUUCUGCAGAUUCAGCUCUUCUCUCCACUGGCUCCAUGUUCGCUCACAAUAUCUACAGGAAAAUCCUGAGGAAAAAGGCUUCAGAGACAGAGGUGUUGUGGGCCAUGAGGACCUCCAUGUUGGUGUUUGGGGCCGGGGCUGCUGGUCUGGCUUUUUAUUCCAGCUCUGUCUACGACCUCUGGUUCCUCAGUGGGGAGCUGGUGUACGCCCUCCUCUUCCCUCAGCUCUGCUGUGCCCUCUUUGCACCCAGCACAAACACCUAUGGAUCAGCUGCUGGCUUUUUGGUUGGGCUCCUGCUGAGGCUGCUGGCAGGGGAGCCUGCCCUGAGCAUCCCCCCUGUCAUCCGCUACCCAGCCUGCUCCCUGGUGAAUGGGACCUACAGCCAGCUCUUCCCCUUUAAAACAUUCACUGUGCUUCUUACCUUGGGCACAAUCCUUGCUGUUUCACACCUGGCCAAGGCUUUGUUUCAGAACAACCUCCUUCCUCGCAGCUGGGAUGUUUGCAAUAUCACAGGGGGAACCGCCAUCCUUGUCCCCUUGCAGCAGGUGGAGAAACAGGAGCGUUUGCCAGCCACUGCACUAGAAGAGAACCAGGAUUAAAUAUGGGGUUUCAUUUGAAAGGCCAAAGCAUGUUCAGCAGUUAGAGCAUGGCACAGACAGCAUCGCUCCCUGCUUUCUCCACUAAUGAUUUAUUUAAAUUCCUCACCAAGAAAUAAAGAGGCAUUC